AGGUUUGAGUGAUACGUAUUUUCGUUGAAAAAGUGACGAUGAAGCCGAUUUGAUCAAAUUUUCUCUAUAUCGCGUCACGAGAGAAUAUUUACAAGCAUGGGUGACGAUGAUCUCGAUGGUUAUGGAGAAGACCCGGAUGAGCUUGCAACGGACGACGAGGAGCUUGAUACUCUAAUAGAAAAAGAACGUGCAGCUAAUUCUUCGUUUUCUGGACGUUCAGAAACGGAGAACGAUGAAUUAGCAGGAGUCGAAGGACUUCGUGUUGUUAGCCAGGUGGAUUUCGAGCGAUCGAUCAUCAAUCAAGCGGAGGAAGCUAUAUCUAAGCAAGCCACUGAAGACCUGAAGGCACGCUUAGGGAAAAUCAACGAUGAAAUCAAGACUCUGGAACAGGAGCAAGAAAAAGCCGAGAAACGUCUUUCGGGAGGCCCUGGUUCUAUUCGUCAGAUUCAAGCAAUCUCUGCGAGACUUUUCGAAAUUCCGAAACUCCUCCGAGAUCUUCGUGAAACGCAGUCGUGCCUGUUGCAACGUCUUCCUCCUCCACUUCCGGGUAGUGAUGACCCGGUUCAGGAAUUGGCGGAGGAUGAUUUCGAAUCGCAUUCUUUGGAUGAUAAAGUCAGCAUUGGCCUAAUGACUCCCUUUGGGACAACUUUGUCUUCAACCUUUGACCCAUUGAAGACUAGCCUACUCAAGCCGAAAAAGGCGAAGAAAAAGGAAGUUCUUGGGACGUCUACCCGAGCUGAUCUAGCGUAUUGUCGAAGUUUGAAGCCCGGGAAAGUUGUCGGGGAAACUCAUUCCAUGCCGCGGGACGUGAAUGAAGACAGUGAUGAAUACGUCCCCGAAUCCGAUGAAUGCGAUGAAGUGCCUUCCGUGUCUCCAAAAAAGCGGAAAAUUGCAUCCAAAAAUAAAAAUGCGUAUCCGGUGGCCAAAAAAAGCCGCGCAGCUGUCAAAGAUGACGGAGACUUGAAGGCCUACAAAGAACGCCUGCAGAAGCUACAUAAAGAGCGUGUUCGUGUCAAGUUCGAGAAGAUGCAAGCCGGAGAAGAUGUAGAUGAAGAUCAGCAAUUUGAAGUGUUUCCCGGGGGCUACAAAAUCUCGAAAGAGUUAUGGGAUAAAUUGUAUCACUAUCAGCAAAUCACUGUUCGGUGGCUUUGGGAGCUGAAGGGUAACAAGUGUGGAGGGAUUAUUGGGGACGAAAUGGGCCUCGGGAAAACUGUGCAGUUGAUUUCCUUUUUGGCCGGUUUGAUGCAGUCAAAAAUCUACGACGCUGAUUUCGACGUGAAGGGCCUCGGGCCAGUGCUGAUCGUUGCCCCUGCAACUUUGAUGCAUCAAUGGGUUUCCGAAUUCCACCGAUGGUGUCCAGAGAUGCGGGUUGCCAUCUUACACGGGUCGGGAUCGCACGGAGGACAUCGCCGUGACCUGAUUCAUCAGAUUUUGACGAUGAACAGCGGCGUACUAAUUACGUCUUACGCAGGAAUGGUGCUGGCGGAGGAACAGUUGGUACGCGGAGAUUGGCACUAUGUGAUCCUCGACGAGGGUCACAAAAUUCGGAAUCCCGAUAGCCAGGCAACGCAAACGGCGAAGAAAUUCAAAACGCCGCACAGGAUAAUCCUGAGUGGAAGUCCGCUUCAAAACAAUCUCCGUGAAUUGUGGUCUCUGUUCGAUUUUGUUUUUCCUGGAAAACUGGGAACUUUGGAGGUUUUUAUGAAGGAAUUUUCCGUACCUAUCACAAUCGGGGGGUAUGCUACAGCUUCUGACGUGGAAGUUGCGACUGCUUUCCGGUGUGCAGUGAUUUUGAAGGACACGAUUGCUCCGUACAUGAUUCGGAGAAUGAAGGCUAGUGUUCAGCAUCACAUUCAGUUGCCGACGAAGAAUGAACAGGUGCUAUUUUGCAAACUGACUGAUCGCCAAAGGGAACUCUACCUUGAAUAUUUGAAUUCGCGAGAAGCAAAAUCGAUUUGGCAAGGGAUGCAGAAACCGUUUGUUGGGUUGACGAUUUUGAGAAAAAUCUGCAAUCAUCCGCAUUUGUAUGACGGUGGGCCGAAACACUUCGGCGAAGUGAAUCAAAUGAGUUUGCCGGAAUCGGAACGAUUCGGGUACUGGAAAUUGUCGGGGAAGAUGGUGGUUUUGGAGUCGUUGUUGCGCAUUUGGAAGAAACAGAACCACAAAGUACUGCUAUUCUCGCAGAGUCGCCAGAUGCUAGCAAUCAUGGAAGCCUUCGUGGUGGAGAGAUCCUACAAUUUUUUGAAGAUUGACGGAACAACGGCGAUUCCAGCGCGUCAGCCCUUGAUUGCCCAGUUCAACUCGGAUCCGAAUAUAUUCGUGUUCUUGCUCACGACUCGGGUUGGCGGUCUCGGGGUGAAUCUUACGGGAGCCUCGAGGGUGGUUAUUUUUGAUCCAGACUGGAACCCGUCCACGGAUACCCAGGCCAGGGAACGGGCGUGGAGAAUCGGACAAACCAAGCACGUCACUGUCUACCGAUUGAUCGUGACGGGUUCCAUCGAGGAGAAGAUUUAUCAUCGGCAAAUUUUCAAGCAGUAUUUGGCCAAUCGGGUGCUGAGCGAUCCGCACCAACGCAGAUUUUUCAAAUCGAACGAGCUGAAAGACCUGUUCUCUCUUGACGAUGGCGCCACCGAGUCCUCGGAUAUCUUUGCAGGAACGGGCUCAGAAGUGAAACUCCACAAACUCGGCAAGAAACUGAAGGAAAAUAAGAAGAAGCGCGCUGAGGCGUCCGAACAAAACGCAAAAGCCGACUCCGAAUCCACUCCCGACGAGCGUAAAAAGCGGAUGAUGGAAUUGGCCAAGCGACUCAGUCAGCAAGUCGCUGAAAAACACAAUCCAUCCCCCGCUUCAACGUCUUCUUCGUCCCCGGAAAAGACGAAAAAGCGGAAAUUCGCCAAGGUUGACGGGGAACGAGUGACGAACGUGGUGAAACGGCGUCCGUACAAGCCGUCAUCGACGGCUGAAACAUUGCCGGAGGAGAAUAUCGGAGGCGGCGUGGAAGACGAAGACGACUAUGUAUUGCGCAAGUUGUUUAAACGUUCCGGGGUUCACGCGGCGUUGAGGCAUGACAAAAUCGUCAAUGAAACGGCGCCGGAUCACUCAUUAAUUGAAGGAGAAGCUGAGAGACUCGCGCAAAAUGCUGUGGAAGCGUUGAGGCGUUCGAGGCAUUUGUAUUCGGGCAUGUCGAGGUAUUCCGAGGAAGCGACGAAAUUCAAGCCACGUUUUGGAAAGAAGAACGCCAAGUUGGCUGUGGCUUCGGCUGAUGAUUCGGCUUCGUCUGCUGGGAUUUUGGCCAAGGCCCAGGAACGCAAUAAAUUCAACAAACUCGUCGAGCAGGUGGAAGAUGGCGAGCCGCCGGAACUCGAGGAAGUUCCAGAGGCCUUGCGGGAUUUGUUGGACGACGUUCGAACGUUUGUCGCCUUUGGAACAGACACUGCUGGAGAAGCGAAAACGUCGGAAUUGCUGGGAAAGUUCAAGAAAAGGCUUAAAGAUAAGCAGGUCCCAGUGUUUCGGGCCUUGUUGAAUAAAGUGUGCGAAUUUCGGAAAACUGAUGCCGGUGGCGUUUGGUCUGAUGAACUUGUCUCUGGGAAGUGACGUGUAACCAGUCGCUGAAUAAAAAGGAAAUCCUCUUGACGAAAGAAACGAUUGGUUGUGAUCAGGCUGUGAUGUAUUUUUCUCUUUCCGAAUGAGGUAAAAAUUCCAGCGUUGUGACUAUCGAACUGGUUUCACCUCGGCCAGUUUUGCUUAAAUAAGUACAGGUAUGGCCGAAAGGGAAUCCGAAUAACCGCGGGUACAUUAAUUAUUCCUCGAUAUCUGUAGUCGGUUUUUCUUUUGUUCUUUGCAAUCUCUCAAGUCUUUUUCUUUUGGAUGAUUGACUGAAAUGCAUUAUUUCCUUGUGUCGCGACCCGUCGAUUUGUGUUUUUUUUUCGGCGCCGUUGUGGAUAAUCUUCGACUUGGUGCGGCUCCGAAACAAGAAUUCAAAUAAUCAGUGUCAGAUUCGGGUUUUCAGUGAAAUCUCGUUACAACAAACUUUUGGGGACUUCUAAAAAACUUUGUUGUACUAAAUACAGUGCCAUAAUGAGAUUUUCAAAAUGAAUGACUGGAAACAAAUUUCAUGUCAGACUUGCCUAUGAUUAAUAAGAUCUUGCUUUUCUGGCAUUCUCAAAUUUUUUAUAUUAUGGUUUGAAAAACUGAGUGAUCUUUUGAAAAAAAAACGAUUCCAUCUUGUAUUAGAUCAGUUUCAACAAUCUCUUCAUUCUGGUAAGAUGAAGUGUGGAUACCGUAUAUUUGAAAGCAUAUAUUUUUCAUCGAUUGAAGCUUCCAUCCAGGCUACAAAAAGUCAAUCAGUCACAUUUGGGAUUGGAAAUUUCAGGCAGUGCUCAGUCGGGAAAUUUCUACGUAAAGAAUCAAUUAAACAUUCUUCAAAAAAAAAUUGUUACAUUGGAAUUGGGAAGCUUGUUUAAACCAAGAUUGUUUGGUAUCAAGAUUGUUCUCAUAUAAAGAUUAUUUCUCUGGGCUUUCUGCUGGAACUUGAGGGAAUUCUUCUUGUACUGAAAAAUUUGUUGUAACGAGUUUUUUACUUGUUUGUUUGGUAUCAAGAUUGUUCUUAUAUAAAGAUUGUUUCUCUGGGC